UUGGCAAAUAUAGAUUAAAUUUUGCAAGCAUAUAAAUAUAGCUAGUUGAAAAUUUAACUUUAGAAAGCUCUUCAAACCUUCUAGUGAGGUUUAAGCAAUGAAGCUUCACCAUGUUUCACUUUUCAUGCUUUUAGUGGUAAUUGAAACUUUUGGAAUUGAGCUGAAAAUUCUAUAUUUAGAAAAGUGUUAUGGCAAUGAGAAGUUUAUUGUGAUUAGAACCUGCGAAAUUCUUAAUAAGACAAUGUUUGACAUCAGAGCUUAUAUUGUGACACAUGUUGACUCGAUUAUUUUCAAACCUCGCGGCUUCAUUCAGGACAAGAACAAAAAGUUCCGAGAAGUAUUCAAAAAUACAGCAAUAAAUUGGUGCAAGCUUGUCAAUGGAAACUACAAAUUAUCCCAAAAUCCAAUAAUAACAAUUGCAGUCAUGCUGCUCAAGAAUAAAUUCCCAGAAUUAUACAAACCAUGUCCAUGGGAGCCAUACUCUAUUGAGCAUAAAAACUUAAGUCUUGGAUACAAGUUUUUGACAAUCAUACCGAAUGGAAUUUAUAAAGCAAUAUUCAUAGCUGAGAGUUUUGAGGGAGAAGUUUAUGCUGAAGUAAUUUUUGCAUUUGAAGUGUUUUAAGAUUUUUUUGUGAAAACUUUUAAAACUUUAUUUGUGGA